UUGGUCGAGCCCGCCCCCUAACCCUGCCUCCUCUUUGAUUGGUCGACCCCGCCCCCUCACCCUGCCUCCUCUCUGAUUGGUUCCUGUGCAGGAGCGGACGGCUGCAGCCUAGCUGAAGAUGUCUGAUAAUGGGGAGGUCGAGGACAAGCCCCCAGCUCCGCCCAUGAGGAACACCAGCACCCUGAUUGGCUCCUGCAACAAGGACCCCGCCCCCCUCAACCACGGCUCCAAGCCCCUCCCGCCCAACCCGGAGGACAAGAAGAAGAAGGACCGCUCGAUCCGCUUCAUCCUGACGGGGGGAGGCGAUAAGACCCAGAAGAAGAAGGAGCGGCCAGAGAUUUCUCUGCCGUCGGAUUUUGAACACACCAUCCAUGUCGGCUUUGAUGCCGUCACCGGGGAGUUCACUCCUCGUCUGACACCGACACGCUGUGGACACACAGCUUCUUCCUCCAUUAGGACGCGGCAGGCUGUUUGUUUGUCUGACGGCAUGCGGACCCCAUCUGCUAAGAAAGGCAGAGAGACGGAGACCGAGCCUUUUCCACACCAAUGUGCCAUUUCCAGGUCAUCCCAUUGA